AUGGCUGGAUCCCCCAAUUCCAACCUCUGGGGCUUCAACUACGCCGUCCAAACCCUCCUCAAACAACCCUCCCAAUUCCUCCCGCACCUCACCAUCCCAACAUUCACUCAUCUCCCCGAGAACCUAGGCGCACACCUAGUAAGCUCGAAGCAAGCCCAACCCGCUCUCGAAAAAUCACGCACGCCCUUAAUCCGCGCCCUGGUUCUGGACAAAGACAACACGCUCUGCGCCGCAAAAACAACUACUUUCCCACCCCAAAUCCUCUCCAAGUUGUCCUCCCUCCGCAACUCCCCAACAUCUCCCUUCAACAUCUCCCAAAACCCGCACUCAAUUCUCAUCGUCUCAAACCGCGCCGGCAGCCACGCAUCCUUCGACAACGAAGUCCACGAUCUAGAAGCUCAGCUUGCGCAUCUUAAGAUCCCCGUUUUCAGACUUCCAUCUGGUACGGAGAAGAAGCCUUUCUGUGGCAACGAGGUUGUGCAAUGGUUCCGGGACCGGGGUGUCGUUGAGUCCUCGCAUGAGAUUGCCGUUGUCGGGGAUCGAUUGGGGACAGAUGUUCUCAUGGCUGGGAUGAUGGGGUCGUGGAGUGUUUGGUGCAAGGAGGGGGUUUUUGAGAUUGGGGAGGAAGGUAAGCCCGAGCGGAAUAUUUUGGAGAAGAUGGAGGUUUGGAUAGAGAAGUUCCUCCGCGGGAGGGGGCUUGAAGCGCCUUUGCCCAAGGGGUGGGAGGGAAAGGCAAAACUUGAGUGA